UUUACAACCUGGCGCUUACAUUUGUCUUCAGCAGCUCCCGUUUCGCCGCUUCCCUGCCGCGGAGAGCACCACAAUUUAGGCGCUUGAUAGCCUGAGCGCUAUCUCUCAGAAUGCUUCUUGCCUCAUGGUCAUCGGCCGCGUCAACCACUCAGCGCUAAUACACCUGUUAUUUACCCAGCUCCCUCGACAUUCUAUGCUACCUGGCAAAAAUGAUUGAUCAGGCCACUCUUCAGACUGCGACAUAUAACAUCAGGCAUAUAGCUACCGGGCAAUACGUUGCUCUCAAGGACACCAAGAGAACAUCGACUUUGAUUGUCCUCCAAGAUAGCCAUUUCGAACACCUUGCAUGGGUUUUGGACAAGCUGGCCGGACUUGAAGACACAUAUCAUGUCAGGAGUUUCCUGCAGAACACUUUUGCUCAGACGGGAGAGUCUCCUACCCCAGGCGCUGAAAUCAUUUCCGGGACGGAAUCAUACCCGUGGUUCAUUCGUCCUGCUGCCAGCGGUUUUGGUGACUUCUACCUUAUUUCACCUCAUUCAGAUCUCUCACUCUAUUGGACCAUCGUGAAGACCAGGGAUGGCACGAAAGCUAUACUAACCAACGAUCCACAACAUCAUGUAUACUGGCAAUUUGUUAAAAUGUCUGCCUAAGGUUGCAAGCUGGGAAUUGGGUGGGCUGUGACACUGGGCCUGGGUAGCGAAGUGGAGUGCGCGGGGUCCGAGUAUGAGGUUUGAGGGGUCAUAGUCCUGAGGGUCACGUCCAGCUAGUUCUCAGCGGAAUUUCUGUGUAGAUAGUAUUGUUUUCUGUGUUCUCAAUGAUUGAUUAAAAUUUUAAAAUAC